AUGGAGGAUAUCCGACCGACCGCGAAAUGGGCGAAUCGCAUGUUGCGCCCCUUGAAAUCCAUCCACCACCGACUCCAGAAACACUACGAGAUUCGCAACAGCAUAGCGGACACGAAAUCGAAAGUCAAGCCCGAUCCCCACGAUUCCCACCGUUCGCGAGCCCCGCUAAUCAACAAGAGAACCGGUAACGAACCAGGCUGCAAUCUUUCAGACGAGGAACCCGACGAUCCAGCAUGGAUCCCAGGAAACCGGGGAAAUCGCCGGCCCCGGCAUAAUUACUCGAAUCGCGGACAGAGGUAUGGCGCACGGAGACGUAGUCGACUGCUGAUCAAGAGCCCGGAAGUGCAGAGGACGCUGCCUGGCGCUAUCGAAAUCGCUACCCCAUUGAUCACAGGAACCAUACCGGCACCCACGGAGGCGACCUUGUCUAUUCGCAAACGGCUUUUUCGGAAUUCGGGACCACCUCUGAGCGCUGUUGGGGCCAACAGGCAGUCGCGGACGAAUAAUCCCAGUUUUCCGGCAUACCAGGGCUCAUGGAAGGAAGUUUUGGAUCUGACUGGAGACCCGGGCUUGGUGGAUAUUGCGCGAUUCUUGGAUCGCAUGCUUAUCAAAUUUUUGGAGAAUACCAGACCUGCUCCGACAAUACACAAGCAUGACGAGGAGAAUCGCGGGGCCCGAUCGUUACUAUCUAUGGCUGCGCGACGGCUGCCGGGGUUCAUCGCCGAGGAGCAGCGCCUGCAGGAUCAGGUGGAGCCGGAUGAGGAUGUUGACAUGUGUGAUGCAUACUUUACUGAGCUCGAAGCUCAAUAUGCUCCUGGCGGCGGUGGGUGGCAGCCGCUCCGUGAAGCUGUGCGUGCGCAAGGCAUCCACCUCAUCUCUGAGAUGAUGAUGAGAGAAUGGAUACCCAGUUUGGCGGUCUGUCGCCUGCUAGGGGAAUGUCUUGAGCACGGGGAGUUGGAUGCCUUCGAAACACUUAUGUCACAAUAUCUUACGACCAUCAAGACUCACGACUACCCAACAGCUUUCGAUCCUUCGAAACCUGUGGGCCACUGCGAUAACCCUAUCUACAUAUUGCGCAUUUACUACUCGAAGGCCCCCGAACGAAGAUCCUUUGUAUUUGAUGAGAUGACAAAGCUCCUGUCUCGUAGGGCUCUUCCGCCCGAGUGGAUGGUCACUACAAGAUGGAAAAAGUGCGUGGAUAGGGCUAUUCGGUCACUAUCAAUUGGCGACGGAGAUUCAGCUGCUGCGACCCGGACUAUCGAAGCUAUCAUCCUUUCAUCUGCUGGUAUAUAUCCCGCCACGGAUUCGCUGGUAGCUCGGAACAAGGGGAGAAAGGUACCUCGUUCUGUACGUCAGAAGGACACCCGUGCAUCGGUAACGAAUCCUACAAGCGUGCCUAAAGAUCAAUCUCCGUGUCCUGUUCCCAUCCAAGAUGCGCUCAGUAAUCUUUCAGCGAGUCUAGUUACCGCACUGUGCGGCAUGUAUAUGGCACGGACGCAAGCCUCCGGUGCCAAUGACAAGGACACAGGCACGAAAGUCAGACAUAUUGUCGGAACGCUGUCUUUUGAGGUACAACGGGCAGUUGGAUUGGUACUGUCGCGUCGCGAGAUGGAGGGUCCAAGCUUCCAAUCCCUGCGUCGGGGAUACGUCUUGUUGGGUGAGUGGACGCUGCAGUGCACUGAAAGUUCCACGCCUGAGGUCAUUAGCCAGUCCGGCGCCAUCUCGCCAGAAAAUCUAGAGUCGCUUUGUAUAUCGUUGAUACACCAACAGGAUGCAGUCAAACAGCUAGCAGAGUUUGUCCAACAACUGUUUCGAUGCUGUGGGCAUGCGCGCGAAGAUGAUCCUGCGAGGACACCUCGAAAAAUUCGAGCUAUCGUAUGGCGGCUUGCGCGGCUGACGAGUAUGAAGGGCAUUUCUCUGCUCCUCGCCAAGGUAGCUGCGGAAACAGCAAUGGCGUUGGCGGAGGUUACAUUGGAUGUGGAUGACCACGCGUGGGCUCUCGAAAUUCAAGAACAAGCCGCUUCAUCCCAGCAAGAAGGGAAUCUCCACCAAUCUGCCGCAUUGGCACAUGUGCCACAAAACGAUGUGAUUCACCUGUACCGAUGGGAAGAAAGCAUUGGGGAAUGGGUAUCCAGCACGCCGGUCGCCAAACCUCUGGCGUCCCGUAAUGCUGAUGGCGCUUCAAGCCCUCUUGCUGCGACAACUAAGCGGAGACCAUCGGCGCUCUCCUGCUCAACCAGUAGCAGAUCGUCCAGCCCUGAACUUUCGGAGGAGGCUGCCUCCAGCGUGACAUCAUCUGCGCCAUCGAUGAGCGGGAAACGAGGACGCGGGACGAAUGAUUGGAGGCCACCGUCACCCAAGAGACUUCGGUCAAGUUCGAGGAGGAUGAGUGCAGCUCCAGUCGCGUCUAGCGCUUUGCCAGCGACACGUGAGCGCCUUGCUGCGGCUCGCUCCCUCGAGCCAGAUUCUGCACCGAUUGCCACCCGGGCACGAACGGCCCUUCGCGAUUUACCCCAGGCCAAGAACAGCACCUUGAAGAAGACGAGACUACAACCAGGCCCGACUACACCCAGCAUCUCCCGCGCGGACCCUAUCAAAGUGACUCCCCUCAUCGAGGUGGUUAUCGUCAACCAGCCCGUAUCGGUGAGGUCGCUGAAUCGCACCCCCAGAACGGCACGAAAACAACCACAACCACCACCACAGAUUCCUAGUCCACCGGUGGUGCAAGGCCCUCGACGCUCCAAUCGUACGCGACCUCCCCCAGUCGAGCGGGUCAUUCCAUGCUCGGACGAUGACAGCGAGGACGAGCUGAGUUUUCUGUUGUGA